AUGACCAAGGCAAAUAAGAGUGCUAAGGUGAAACUGUUCAAGUACAAAACUACUCUUUGUCAAUACUACAUUAACAAUGUAGAGUGCCCCUUCACCGAUCAUUGUGCAUUCGCCCAUGGAGACCACGAGCUACAUGAUGAGGAGAACAAUAUCAAUCGACUUAACGCAAUUGGUAAGAAGCGAUUGGGGAACUUUGUUGACAUCUUAGACGCGUUUAGCCCUAUUGUUGAACCAUCCCCGCCCUCAGACCCUCCUAAUCCCCCACCAACUCUGCCUUCUUCCGCGGGCGAUGCCGUAUCCGUGGCGCCCUCCGAAAGGCCCUGCGGUGGAUCAGUCGUCGUCCCCCCCCUGUCCUUUGGCCCCGCCCCCCUCGAGGCGGCCACGACGCCUUCGGGCAGCCCCGCGCGCUGCCAGCGGCACUUCUCUUCAGCCUGUCACCGAGAGCAGCCGAUGAUGUACCGCCACAACCCCUACAGCCUGUGCGUGCAGGUACUUGACUGA